AAACCGGCGUGGUGACGCUAUCACGUGGGCGGUGGCGCAUGCGCAAUAGGAGGUGCGGGGCGCUGUGUGGGUUUCCGGCGAGGCUCUUCCCGUGGAGGGUCUUUUUCAGGCACCAAGGGCGCCGGACUGGCGCUUUUGGCCGGCUUGACUUUGAGUAGGCGGCUUCUUGGGGCCCAUAUGAGCCAGCUGCAUCAUGCCCGCAGUGGCUGGGGCCGGGGAGGCGACUUUUCUGGACGCUCCUCAGCCAAGAGGAAGGGCGGAAAUCACAUCCCGGAAAGGUGGAAAGACUAUCUUCCAGUUGGACAGCGGAUGCCUGGGACUCGUUUCAUUGCUUUCAAAGUUCCUUUGCAAAAGAGUUUUGAAAAGAAUCUUACUCCAGAAGAACGCUUUUCUCCUUUGGAUCUUUUAAACAAAAUCCAAGAACAAAAUGAAGAACUUGGACUGAUAAUUGAUUUAACAUACACUCAACGCUAUUAUAAACCACAGGAUUUGCCAGAAACUAUUCCUUACUUAAAAAUUUUUACAGUUGGGCAUCAGGUGCCUGAUGAUGACACUAUUUUUAAAUUCAAAUGUGCUGUAAAUGGGUUUUUGAAGGAAAAUAAAGAUAAUGACAAGCUUAUUGGUGUCCACUGUACUCAUGGUUUAAACAGGACUGGCUACCUAAUCUGUAGAUAUUUGAUUGAUGUAGAAGGCAUGAGGCCAGAUGAUGCAAUUGAAUUAUUCAAUAGGUGCCGGGGACACUGCCUAGAAAGACAGAACUACAUUGAAGACCUUCAGAAUGGUCCUAUAAGAAAGAAUUGGAAUUCCAGUGGGUACAGGUCAAGUGGAUUUCAAGACUCAGCACAUCUCAUGGAACCAGUCCACACAAUGAAUAAACCUGUUAGACAAGGCCCUAGGUAUAACCUGCAUCGGACCCAAGGUUACCCAACUCCUUCUCAGCAUUUCCACACCCGGUCCCAAAAUUUUCAACAGUCAUUCAGGAAAUUUCCACAGAAUCAGAAUGUUUACCAGAGAAGCCAUAUCCCUCCUCCUGGUCCCCCAGGAGAGGACUAUUCACAAAGGAGAUACUCUUGGCAUGCGAAGCCAUAUGCCCAUCAAGCAUCUCAGAAUAAAAGGUGGUAUUCUGACAGCUAUAACAGACCAUCCAACCCAACCUAUUGGGGAUGGACCAAGUGAUACAAACCUGUCCCAGAAAUGUACCUGGAGACAAGAGCUGGACUGAAGACACCUAGAGUGACUUUUAAUUAAAUCAGGUCAAAUGACAUUUUUUUUAUUGUUCCUUUUGUGUUCAAGUUUAAGGAAAAACAAUAUUGAUAUUUACUUCUGUGUUAAUAAGUUUGUAGUAAUUACAGCAAAGGAAAAUACUGUCUUUCCAAUCUUAAAACUUUUCUAAAGGAAAAUAUUUUAGAACUGAUAAAGCAUUAAGAACUUCCCUUGCAAAUUAUUUUUGAAAAAUACUGUCUGGUUUUUCUAUGUAUUUCCUUUUGAUAAGAUCUAUGAUAUAUGUGUGUGUGUAUUCAGAAAUGUUUAUAAUGUUUUUGUCAUGUUCUAUUAUUUACUUGGUCAUUAAGGGUUUCUUUAUUUUUCCUAACUGUUCACAAUUUCUAAUAAAAUUUACAUAGGAGAUAAAACCUAGUCACUAUCUAUAAUUUUAAUUGUGAUUAGAUAUUUCUUUCUUUGAUAGUCAGUUGGGGAUUUGACCAACGUCCUUUCACUUGGUGAUUGGAUUGCCAGGUAAACCAUCUCACACAAGAAUGGACAAACAUAUUAAUUAUACUGAUGGAUAAUUGUCAUUGGCUGGGUAGAACUAUUCAGAAAACUUAAACUUUUAUAGAUCAUAAGGAUUGCUUGAUGAGCAGAGUAAGAUAUGACCAUUUAAAGCCUGGGGUAUCUGGGUAGACUGGUUGUAUCAUUGCUCCCCUGUUGACUGUAAUUUCCUGGGAUCUUUCUCCAGUUCCUUCUCACAGUGGAUUGGUAGCUUACCUUGAUUGACUUUUUCCAAGUUGUUUUCUUCUGUUGCUAUAUUGCUGGAACACACAGACGAAUCUCUAGGGAGGGUGUUAUUUUUAGUUGCACAGGAAGCCAGAAACUGUUGGUUGCUUGAUGAAGUGUGUACUUAUCUUGACACAGAGUAAGCUUCAGUAAAAUAUUUGAUAAAUACUUGGGCAAGUUCUUUUCUUUCUUUUUUUUUUUUUUGAGACAAGAGUCUCACUGUGUCGCCCUUGGUAGAGUGCUAUGGCGUCACAGCUCACAGCAAUCUCAAACUCUUGGACUUAAGCUAUUCUCUUGCCUCAGCCUCCAAAGUCGCUGGGACUACAGGUGCUCACCACAAUGCCCAGUUAUAUUCUUUUAAUAGUUGUCAUUGUUGUUUAGCUGGCCCAGGCCAGGUUCGAACCCACCAGCCCUGGUGUAUGUGGCUGACACCUAACCAGCAAGCUACAGGUGCUGAGCCAAGUUAUUUUUUUGUCUUAUUUUUUUUCCUUUUUUGAGAUAUGGUCUGUUACCUGGGCUACAAUGUAAUGGCAUCAUAAUAGCUCAGCGAAACCUCCAACUCCUGAACUUAAACAAUCUUCCUGCCUCAGCCUCCCAAAUAGCUUAGACUACAGGUGUGUGCCACUACACUUGGCUAAUUUCUUUUAUUUUUUGUAGAGAUAGGGUCUUGCCCAGGUUGGUUUUGAACUCCUGACCUCAAAUGAUCCUUCAGCCUGGGCCUCCCAGAGUACUAGGAUUACAGGACUGAGCCCCUACACUUGGCCCAGCUUUUUUUUUUAAAGUAUCUGAUUUUGAGGAUUUGUGUCAUUGAGUGUCUGAUAUUGCAAGGAUAGUUAUUUUCUUUCUUAUGUAUGAAUAACAUCUGGACCUUGACUGGCCCCUGGUUAAAAAAUUUUGCAGUUGGGAAAAAAAAAAAAAAUUUGCAGUUGGGCGGCGCUGGCCCCAUAUACUGAGGGUGGCGAGUUCAAACCCGGCCCCGGCCAAACUGCAACCAGAAAAUAGCCGGGUGUUGUGGCGGGUGCCUGUAGUCCCAGCUGCUCGGGAGGCUGAGGCAAGAGAAUCGCUUGGGCCCAGGAGUUGGAGGUUGCUGUGAGCUGUGUGAGGCCAUGGCACUCUACCGAGGGCCAUAAAGUGAGACUCUGUCUCUACAAAAAAAAAAAAAAUUUUGCAGUUGGCUCGGCGCCCAUAGCACAGUAGUUAUAGCACCAAGGUUGGUGGGUUCCAACCCGGCCCGGGCCAGCUAAACAACGACAACUGCAACAAAAAAUAGCCAGGCACUGUGGCAGGCACCUGUAGUCCCAGCU